AUGUUUUCCAAUCCUCUCGCUUCGUUGCUUCUACUCUCUUCGCUCUGCUCGAGUGGCCUCGCGUUGACAACAUGUGUUGUGCCCUCCAAGUAUAAGUGCUCCAACGGGACUGCCUCGGAUGCCGAUGCCAUUGCAAGUGCCUUUGCCAAGUGCUCAAAGGACGCGGUCAUCGAGUUCAAGGAGGGUGUGGACUACAACGUCUUCGCCCCGAUCAAGGCGACCAACCUAUCCAACGUUGUCAUCUCGCUGAAGGGCAACUGGAACCUCCCGCAGGAUAUUUCUGCGGUCCAGCGCUAUGUUAAUGCUGCCGGUGGUUCUCUGAGCUGGUUCGAAUUUGCAGGAGAUAAUGUUCAGAUUAUUGGGACACCCAAGAUUACUACUGGCUGGAUCAAGUCAUACGGACAGGCAUGGUGGGAUGCAAACCCCGUGGGCGGUACGGGUAUGGCAGGAAGGCCACAUCUGAUGAAGUUCAAGGUCCAGAAUGGGAUAAUCAAGCACUACAAGGCCUCGAAACCCAUUGCGUGGGGCCUGUCUGUCUCGGGCAAGAACAUCACCAUCACCGACACGAUUGUCGACGCCGAGUCGGAGACCGCUUCCUUCCCCUUCAACACCGACGGUAUUGGUGUCAGCGGUACCGAUGUCACUAUCAAGAACAGUGUCAUCUUCAAUGGCGAUGACGCGAUUGCCAUCACGUCAGGAGCGCGCAAUGUGUUGUUCCAAGGAGGAACUAUUGGCUACCAGAGCCAUGGCAUGAGCAUCGGGUCCCUUGGGAAGGACCAGAAGUCGGUUGUGGAUGUGUCCAAUAUCAAGUUCGACGAUAUCACGGUUGUCAAUGCUGUCUACGCGUCUCGCUUUAAGUCGUGGAUGGGUGGCCAGGGCCUCGUCAAGAAUGUGACCUGGAGCAACAUCCGACUCUAUAACGUCACUUUCCCCAUCUUCGUCACGCAGACAUACUUCGACCAGAACAAUAAGGGCGCAGAACGGCCCAACAACUCUUCGGUUAAUAUGGAGAACUUCACGUGGGAGAACUUCGCAGGAACUGUCAACACUUUCAGGCCCGGAGAUGGGUCAUGUGUGACGGAUCCAUGCUGGUACGACGAGGGCCUACCCAAUCUGAAGCACACCGAAGCCCUGAUCAUCCAAUGCAACACCGACACAUCCUGCAAGAACUUCGCUCUGAAGAACAUCCAGGUUUUCCCUCAGAACCUAACGCCGCCAACGCAAAUCUGCAAGAACGCCGAGGACGCACUGAAUCCCGAUCUGGGGAUCCAGUGCAAGGAUGGGCCCUUUGUCCCCUUGUCGUAA